CCUUGCCACAGUUAACCAAUCGAUCAAAAAGCAUAGCAUAUAUAUACAAAGAUAUAUCCAAUAUUUAAUCGCCUGCGGAUUAGCGCCAAGCCCUAUACUUUUGUGGGCAGGUGCAAAGCUAAUUAAACUGUGAACUGUUUUCACGUCAAUAGUAAUCGCGAAAACCAACAUAAUUCGAAGCAAUUUGCUCACCUCAGCGUGGAAUUCGCGAUUGCGCACUCGAAAUUGAUGGAUUGUAAAUACUGUGUAGUUUGAGUAGUUUUCAGCCAGGGAAUAUACGAGUAUACCCCUCCAAACCGACCCCCUUCACCGAAAAUCGUUAGCAAUAAAAGUGAAAGAACUACAUUGUAUUCGCCCAGACAAACUGUUGAUUAAUCGUCGGGAGAAAGGAUAUUCGCUUGAAGCAACAAUGUUUAGGGCACGAGAUCUUCUGCUCUUGGCCCUUUUGGGAUUCGUCUCAAGUGCACUUGGCCUAAAAGUAUCCUCUGGCUAUCAUAUAGUCCACAAUCAACCGCAAUCCUCCUAUCCCAAUUACCAUGGUUAUAGUUAUCAUCAAGGCUCUAUUCCAUUUGUGAUUGGUAAUAGCCUUCCCACUUCUCCGGCUCCGCAACAUCCGUUUUCUUCGCCUGCCAGUCCUCCGGUAUCAGCUUAUGGCUAUAGUUUCCCCACUGCUGGUCAAGUGUCAUGUGCUGCUCCUCCAGCAGUUUGCGAGAAGACUGCCUAUCGCUCCCUGGAUGGAUCCUGUAAUCAUCUGGAGCGUCCUGGUUUGGGAGUAGCCAACUCCAGGUAUGGUCGCCUCUUGACACCAAAAUACGCCGAUGGCAUUUCGGCUCCCACUAGAUCAGAGACAGGAGAAGAACUGCCCAGUGCUCGUCUCGUUUCCUUGGUGGCUUUUGGAGAACAAGAUGUGCCCGAUCCAGAGUUCACUCUGCACAACAUGCAGUGGGGACAGAUCAUGACCCACGAUAUGAGCAUGCAGGCAGGAGGCACUCAGUCCAAAAAGCAUCCCACUCGUUGCUGUACCGAUGAUGGCCGUUUGAUUGGUCUGGACACCGCCCACAAGACCUGUUUUGCCAUUAUUGUGCCACCCCAUGAUCCAGCCUACUCCCAGGUGGGCACCGAGUGCCUCAACUUUGUCCGUACCCUGACGGAUAGGGACUCCAAUUGCCAGUACCGCGGUGGUCCGGCAGAGCAGAUAACUGUUGUCACCUCUUACAUGGAUCUCUCCUUGGUCUAUGGCAACUCCAUUCAACAGAACAGCGAUAUCCGUGAGUUCCAAGGCGGACGGAUGAUUGUGGAGGAGCGUAAUGGGGCCAAGUGGCUGCCACUCUCUCGUAAUGUCACCGGCGAUUGUGAUGCCGUCGAUGCCAGUGAAGUUUGCUACCGUUCCGGAGAUGUGAGGGUUAACCAGAACCCGGGUUUGGCCAUCCUCCAGACGAUCUUACUGCGUGAGCACAACCGGAUUGCUGACGGCUUGUCGGCUCUGAAUCCACACUACGAUGAUCGCACGCUGUUCCAAGAAGCACGAAAAAUCAAUAUUGCUCAGUACCAACAAAUCAGUUACUACGAAUGGCUUCCCAUCUUCCUGGGUGGAGAGAAUAUGUUGAAGAACAGACUUAUCUACAAGGCUCCAUCUGGUAGCUACAUCAACGACUUCGAUCAUAACAUCGAUCCCUCAGUGCUGAAUGAACAUGCGACUGCUGCUUUCAGAUACUUCCAUUCCCAGAUUGAAGGUCGAUUGGAUCUUCUAUCUGAGCUGCGUCAAGUUCUGGGAUCUCUGACCCUCAGUGAUUGGUUCAACCGUCCCGGCAUUAUCGAGGUGGGUGAUAACUUUGACUCCCUGACCAGAGGACAUGCCACUCAGCCUGAGGAACUCACCGAUAUUAACUUUGACAGACAGAUCAAGCACUUCCUUUUCAGGCGAAACAUGCCCUUCGGUUCGGAUCUGCGUUCGCUGGACAUUCAACGUAAUCGCGAUCACGGUUUGGCCUCCUACAACGAUAUGAGGGAAUUCUGCGGACUGAGACGUGCCCACUCGUGGGAGGAAUACGGUGACCUUAUUAGUCCCCCGAUUCUGGAGAAACUCAAGGCGCUGUACUCAAGUCACGAAGACGUGGAUCUGACUGUGGGAGCCUCGUUGGAGGCUCACGUUGCCGGAGCUUUGGCUGGACCUACAUUCCUGUGCAUCCUCACGGAGCAGUUCUACAGGACUCGAGUGGGUGACAGAUUCUUCUUUGAAAAUGGAGAUAAACUCACUGGAUUCACUCCCGAUCAACUGGAAGAGCUGCGAAAGGCAAGUAUGGCUCGCUUGCUGUGCGACAAUGGAAACCACAUUUCAUCCAUGCAGCCAGAAGCUUUUAGAACUGUUUCCCAUUCGAAUCCCAUCAUGCCGUGCUCGAAUAUUCCACAAGUCGACCUCACCAAGUGGAUUGAUCAAAAGCCAUAUGCCGCGGUAGAUCCGUCUCACUACGGAAAGAAGUGAUCCCUUGCUUUCUACUAGGGGAUAUAUUAUUAACUAGUUAAAUACAAAUACCUUUAGCUUAAUCAGUAACAUAAUCGUAAAUGCAGCGAACCCCCUUCCCCUUGUAUGAUAUUGCCCCAAAACUGAUGUACAGAAAUAAAACCCUUACCAUUUAAA